AUGAGGGAUUCUCACGGGUCACACAGCUACGUGCUUAACAAGCCGACGAAAAUCGAGUUCCACAAGGUCCGCAUUUUGAUUUUGGAUGCACCUAAUAACUCGAACGUCGAGCUUUAUUUGCACGAGAUGUUGGCAUUUGGAGUCACCUGCCUCGUACGAACAUGCGAAACCAGCUAUGACUGUACACCCAUCACUGCCGCGAAUAUUGCUAUUAGAGAACUCAUAUUUAACGACGGAGAGGCUCCUUCGGACGCGAUCGUCGCGGAGUGGUUGCAAAUCCUUAAAGAUGUGGUGGCAAACAAUGGUUCAGUAGCGGUUCAUUGCGUCGCUGGCCUCGGCAGAGCACCCGUCCUGGCCUGCGUCGCACUAGUGGAAUACGGAAUGCAUCCUUUGGACGCCAUUUGCUUCGUUAGAGAACGGAGAAAGGGGGCGAUCAACCGCAAGCAACUGGAAUACCUGAAGUCGUACAAAACACGCAAAAAUUCGCCUUUGUGUUUGAGACUCUGCCCGAUGUUUUAA